AUGGUUCAGGUCGCUAAGAGGAAGAAAGGAAGGCCGUCGAAGGCGGAUCUAGCUCGCCGCGCCGCCGAAGCUCAAGCCUCCGCAACGGAAUCCGAUUCCCGCCGUAGCCUCCGCCGCAAGAACGUGAGGUACAAUAUAAUCGAUUACGACGGUGAUUACAUCGACGACGAAGAAGAUGAGAGGAGGCGAGAGAAGAAGAAGCUCAAAUUGAUGACGAAGCUACACCAAGGGGAACAAGAACAAGAAUCGGAAGAUCACGCACCAAUGGAAGAAGAAGAAGAGUGCAAUGAAAUCGAAGGGGAAGUUGAGAACGAAGAAGAAGAAGAAGAAGAAAAGCAUGAAGAAGACGGUGUGAUAAAGGGAACAAAAGUGGAUUCAAAAGGGCUCCACUCAAUUUCUGUUUCAGGAACUCCAGUCAAUCAUCCACAUGGGAUUCCGUUGCCCGAUAGGAAGAUAUUGGAGUUGAUCCUUGACAAGCUUCAGAAGAAGGACAUAUAUGGCGUGUUUGCGGAGCCGGUUGAUCCGGAAGAGCUUCCAGAUUAUCACGAUGUGAUUGAGCAUCCCAUGGAUUUUGCCACGGCGAGGAAGAAGUUGGCGAACGGAUCUUAUCCUACCUUAGAACAAUUUGAGAGUGAUGUAUUUUUAAUUUGCUCAAACGCAAUGCAAUACAAUGCACCGGAGACUGUAUACCACAGACAGGCGCGAACAAUACAAGAACUUGGCCGGAAGAAAUUUGAAAAGUUAAGGAUUAAAUUCGAACGUACUCAGGUUGAGCUAAAAUCAGAACAGAAAACACAGUCUAAUUCUUUGGCUAAGAAGUCACUGAAAAAGCCACCAGGUUGGGCCUCUCAAGAAUCUGUUGGCUUUGAUUUAUCCUUUGGAGAUGUACAACGAACUUCCUAUCCAAUGCAAGGUGUUAAUAGCUGUGAGAGGCCUGCCACCAUUGAUGGUAUUGUGGAGGCAAAUGCUUUCUUUAUUGAUGCAAAUCAAGAUAAAGCUGAAGAUGUUAUGUCAGGGAAGAAUAUUCUGUCUAAGAUGGGGAGGAAGUCAUUUGUGCUUGAUGAGAAUCGCCGUGGAUCUUAUAAUAUGUCUAAUCAACCAAUCACUAGACCAGAUUCAACAUGUAUGACCUUUGAGAGUGGAAUGAGGCAGCUGGUUACUGUUGGUGUCCAUGCUGAAUAUUCCUAUACUAGGAGUUUGGCUCGUUUUAGUGCAUCUCUAGGACCCAUUGUUUGGAAAAUUGCUUCCCACAGGAUUCAACAGGCACUUCCUGCCGACUGUAAAUUUGGUCGUGGCUGGGUUGGGGAGUAUGAACAAAUUCCAACCCCAAUAUUUAAGCUCGCUAAUCAUCUACAGAAGGAAACUAGUUUGAUUACAAAGUCGCAUGAAGACAAAAAUUGUAAGGACGUGGAACCUAAAACUGAAAAUUCUGUAAAUGGAAGGAUGGUUGAGGGAAAACAUUUUUCAGAUUGUCUCGCCAGUGGGCCUGCAUUCGAAGGAAAUCCUUCUAUUGGUUCUGCUGGAGUGAAGCCCAAUGCUUCUCCCCCCAACAUCCCAAAUCAGCAUAAUUUAGGCAUACCUGAGAAUAAGACUUUGAAGAAAGUGGAGCCGAAAUCUUUACCCUUAAGUAAUCAAAAUAUUCCUACAACAGAGUCUAAGAUCAAAGAGAUGGCGCCUAGGAACCUGAAUACUUUACCAUCUACAAAUAUCAAGCAGCCAGAUACUAAUGAAGUUGUCAGUGGAGAAUUGCCUAAUGGAAAAGUCAUGAAUACAAGCUCGAAUAAUCGGUCAACUCAUCCAUCAUCAGAUAGUACCUCAAACCAAACAAUCAGAGCAGCUCCUUUUCUUUUCCGCGGGCAGGAGCAGGGUUCCAGUGACCCAGUUAAGUCAAUGAGAAUGUUCACAGAAGAGGCUCGAAAGCCGCAGACUUCUCAUCAUUCACCAGUUGAUACUCUUCCGCAGACACCAUCAAUUCCAUCUGCCCAAAGAGAGGCCUCAGGCAAUGCUUCAGCAGCGGCUGCUCAGACAUGGAUGUCUUCAGGGGCAGGAGGGUUUAAACUAGAACCUGAGAAUUCUGGUUCAUCCAAAAAUCAGAUUUCUGCAGAUUCUCUUCACAACUCAACAAGAGAGUUCCAUCAGCAUAUUUCAAGAAUUCAGGGAGAGUUUCCUUCUGGUGGAAUGUCUCUCCAGUCUAAUAAGAACAAUUUUCCAUUUCAUUCAUCUAGACCUCAACCUAGUCACGUAAGUGCUGUUUCACAGUUGCCCAACCGACCUAGGAUUUUCCCUCAAUCAACAUCCGCGGACCAAUCUAGAUUUCAAAUGCAGACCUCUUGGCAAGGUCUCAGUCCUCAAAGCCAACCAAGGCAGAAACAAGAAACUCUACCGCCUGACUUGAAUAUUGAUUGUCAAUCUCCAGGGUCACCUGCAAAACAAUCUUCUGGUGCUGUUGAUUCACAGCAACCAGACCUAGCUUUGCAAUUAUGA